AUGUCGGUUAUUACAACUACCUGGCGGGUAUCACGCUGAUAAAUCUAAGCCGUGUAACGGAGCCGACCCCCGAGCUGAAGCCCAGAGCAGCAGCGAGUUUGAGGAGAAAGUUGCUGCCUGUUCGGGCCCCUGACAGCAUGGACUCAGAUAUUCUGAACAUCGAGGACAUCGUGAUGGGCCGGGCUCUGCCCGAGCCCCCCCAGCCCCCCCCGCCCAAGCCGGUCCAGGUCUACAGACCCGCUAUGAACGGCCCGCUGCCCGCCGUGCAGUCCUACCAGCAUGAAAACCUGCAGUGUUUCCAGUGCUUCAUCACGUUCUGCAGUGCCAAGGCGAAGGAAAGGCACAUGAAGAAGAGCCACCGGGAAGAGUAUAAACAACAGCUCCAGCAGGGAAACACACUGUUCACAUGCUACGUGUGCGAUCGCACAUUUCCAUCAUCUGAGGAAUUGACACAACAUCAGCCAACACACAGCAAAGAUGACAAGCCUUUCAAAUGUGUGCAUUGCAAGGAGAGCUUUAAAACGUUCUCUGAGCUCACCGGCCACAGAAGACAGGUGUGUCCAGAGAGGCAGAUGGUUUGUAAAGAUUGCAAUGAAGUGUUCCGUAGUCCUGGACUGCUGCGUGCUCAUCGCCUGACCCAGCAUCCCCGCCCAGAUGUAGAGACCGUAGAACAGCCAGAGGAUCCUACGAAAACCCAUCGCUGUAAGAAGUGCGGCCAGGGAUUUGAAGCUGAAUCCGAGCUGCUAGCACACCAGGAGAAGUACCCCGAAGGUCAGCAGUGCAACGGCAACGCCAACGCGUCACCCAUCAAGAAACGGGGACGGCCCGCCAAAGCUGAAGACCCAGCCAGCGGUGACAAAAAAGUGAAGCGAAAGAAGAAGGACGAGGCAGAGGAGGCAGCGGAGGCAGCUAAGGCCAGCAGCACGUCAGAGUCAGCAGAACCUCUGGCAGAAGAAAAGGGAAAAGCAGGUGGAGCAAAGCGUGGCCGUCCUCCUAAAGCGGCGCCAAAAUCAGAAAUGGAAGAAAAAAAAAGUUCUGAGGACGACAGUGAAUCUACAGCAAAGGAGAAGAAACCUAAAGCAGACCCUCCUCCUGGCCGUCAUCACCCCUGUCCUGAGUGUGAGCUCAUGUUCCCUGGCUUGGUUCAGCUCCGCACUCACAAGAAGGAAAAACACGCCCCGCGGAAAGCCCAUCCCUGUGAAGAAUGUGAGGAGAGCUUCGCACGUCCUGAGCAGCUGGAUGCCCACAUGUCCCGGGCUCACGCUGUCGGCCGCUUCGCCUGUCCAACUUGUGGGAAGAGCUUCAGCCGCGAGCGCACAUUGAAAGCUCACCAGAAAAGCCACCCAGAGGAAAAGCCUGAGAAUUCAAGUGGAAAGAGAUAAUUGACAAACCAGGACCCUGCAUAAAGUUUGUGGUUUUUGAAUAUUUUAGUAAUAAAUUGUCCCUUUCUGUUUUUCCUUUUAUUUUGGGAGACCUCAUGGUCGCAGUGAGGCUGGGAUUGCUUUGGAGAAUCAAUUUUUUUGGCAGGCUGUUGCAUUGAAAGUUGUUUGAUCAUGAGCUGUUGAAAUUUUGGACACACGUCCUCUAAAAUUGACUAACCAAGUACUGAAUCCAAAUAUUACACUGUCAUAAAACAUAGUUUAUUUGUACAAACAAAAAGAAAUUGUUUUGAUUAACUUUUUAAAUGAUUUGUUUUUCUUUUUAGAGUGAAGUGUGUUUUGGUAUGAAUAUAUUACCUGGUGUCUUGAGUUAAUGAACUUGCCUUGUGGUUUAAAGUUAAUUUUCCUCUUGUUUUCCCCCUAAACAGAUUGGAAAAGUUACUAUUUUUAAGUAAAUUAGAUGCCUCGUAGUGAUGCUAUGUGUAGGCAAUAAAAAAAGAAAUGUAUCAUGUACAGCUUCUUGUUCAUUUUUACAUGAUUUUUAGUUUCUAAAUUAAAUUUUAAACUUAAAAGUUCUGCUAAAAAUAUUACCUUGGCUAAGUACUCCAGAUUGGAGUGGUUGGCAUGUGAGCAAAAUUAUCCAGAUGAUCCAUUAUUAUCCUAAUUAUUUCUUCUGUUAAAAUUUACUCAUGUUUUUUUGUUUUUUGUUUUUUACACUUUUAAAAGUGAUUUUUUUUUUUUCACGUCUUAGCAUUUCUUAAAAAGCACUCAUGGCUCUGUAAUGCCCUGCAGUUUCAUAAAGAACAGUGUGUAUCAUAUUACUGAUUGGAUUGUUCCUCUCCCUGUUGCAAUGUGUUUGGACACUUCAAAGUUGUAAUAAACCAUGCUGUCCCGUGGGAGGCUGCUGAAGAAAUGA